AUGGCGGCGAAAGACCGACUUGCUUUUAUUGGACUGGGCAACAUGGGCCUUCCGAUAUCUUUGAAUCUUCAUAAUCAUCUCAAAGAAAAGAACGAUGCGCCACUUAUUGUUAAUAAUCGAACGCUAUCAAAAGCUGCGCCUCUUGUUGAUGCUGGUGCUACUUUAGUGCAUUCUGUGGCCGAAAUUCCGGAAAGAGCAAAUAUUAUUUUUACAUCUGUAGCAAAUGACCAAGCACUCGUAGAUGUUUUAGAUUCGAUAUUUAAUGCUUUAGACAAGAAAUCUGGACAAGAAUUUAUAGUUGUCGAUCUUAGCACUGUUUAUCCUACCACAAUUGGAGAAUUGCAUGACAGAGCACAAAAGUUCACGAAUUUGCAUUUGCUUCAUUGUCCUGUAUGGGGUCCACCUGCACUUGCAAAGAGUGCACAAUUGGUCAUCAUAACAUCAGGUGAUCGACACGCUAUAGAUCGUGUGUCACCUUUUCUUGUUCCCGUGAUUGGAAGAAAAAUAAUUGACGUUGGUAAAGAUGUUAAAAAAGCCGCUUCAUUUAAACUCAAUGGUAACUUCUUUAUCGCUGGAAUUAUUGAACUAUUAUCCGAAGGCUUGACCCUCGCCGAAAAAACGGGUCUAGGACAAGAUAAAAUGCUAGAAUUCAUUGAUACAUUUUUCCCCUUCGGCUUUUUUCAGCAUUAUGGACGAAAGAUUCGCGAAACAGAUUUCACAUCCAAUAUUGGAUUUACAAUUGACAAUGGGAUGAAGGAUCUUAGACACAUGCGUCGCCUAGCUGAAGAUUCUGGCGCACAACUUCCAAUUGCUGAUUUGGCAUUCGAACAUUUAGUUUCUGCUAAAGCCAAUAAAUCAUCGGAACUUGAUUGGUCUUCUAUUGCCGGAUCUUUGAGAAUUGGUGAGCAUUAUGAAAAAUCUAAAUUCAGAGUAUUUUGUGUGCUUGAAUUAUUUAUUUUUACAAAUAUUAUAUUUUAG